GCGGGCUACAGCGAUCAGCUGUCCGCCGCAUCGAUUAGUGGCCGCCUAUCGGCCGGCUGCAGCAAGAAGCAAACGCAAAUUUGGUCUCGAAAGGGCCAAGGCGAGCGCAAAACGAAGCAAACGUGUGAAACGGGUCAAGCGAAAGUGGGCCAAGACCAUGCAAUAGGCAAACUAGUGAGAAGCCGCACACUGCCAAGACUACAGCAAGGAGACAGCGGAGGAUAGUCAUCAUGGAGUUGCGUGAGCUGCGCGCCAGCACCAGCGCCUCGGCCGGCACCACCAGCAGCAGCAGCGGCAGUAGCAACAGCAACAGUGGCAUCGGUGGAAUCACUGGUGGCAGCGGCGGAGGCGUCGAGCUGGGUGGCAUCUGUAUUGGGAGCGCCGGCGGUGGUGGCGUCCAGCGUAUGCCAACCAAGGCGGAUCUGUUCAUGGAGCAGUUGAAUGCCACAAAUGCCAAAAAGGUGGCCCUACUCCUAGUCCUGGGCUUCAUACUCUACCACGGCCUGCUCAAUUGGAACUACGGCAGCGACUCCUGCCAGUGGCUGCUGUCGAAGGGCCGCUUCAAGGGCGACAACGAAUGGCAGCCGUACGGGUGCAUGGUGCACAAAUACUCCCUCACCGAUACGCGGCGAUGCCUGCGCUACCUGGCCUUCUUCGACAACAAAAACAACUUCGUGUUCAUUGGGGACGAGAGCGUGCGCCUGCUGUACGAGCGGUUCAUCGAGCAGCUGCGCCAGCUGCCGCUGUCCUCCGACGAGGACAACAACGGAUCAUCGCGGGCCCACGACGACAGUGCAGCGGUGCGGUUCGAGGACAACAAGCUGCACAUGCUGGCCCAGUACAUCAGGGCCGAGGAGGUCAGUCCAUCGCUCAUCGAUCGCCUGUACAGGCUGGAGGCCGAGAAGCAGCUGUCCUCCGUCUAUGUGGUGGGGCUGACCUACUCGGGCCUGCUCGGCGGCAACAUAACCGAGGAGGUGCUGCGACAGUACAGCGCAAAUCUCACCCUGCUGGUGGCCCCCUUUCACCGACUGGUGGCUCAGACAUCGCGUGUGCUCUGGAAACUGGCUGAUCGCGUGGACGAAGAGAAGCUGCCGGCCGCCUGGAAGCUGCUGCUCAAUGAGGACAUCGAUCGGCUGAAUCAUGUGGCCCGCAACGUCUUUCGCUACACGGAGGCCACCGUCUGGGAGUCGGCCUGGCACAUUGCCAACGGUCUGCUGGACGCCGCCAUCGACGGCCAUCAGCUGUGUGCCCACGGCCAGCGGCUGGAGGUGCAGCUGCUGUGGAACAUGUACUGCAACGACUACAUGAACUACAACGAUGGCACCUGCUGCAGCAGCUCAGAGCCCCACACCACGCUGCAGAUUGUUGCCUACGCCCUGUUCGGCGUCUGCAUAACGCUCGUCUGCGGCAUGUGCCUGCGUCGCUGGCUGCUCCACCUGCGUGGCCACACGCUCUACGUGCCACUGCAGCAGCAUCAGCCAAACAGCGGAGGAAGAGGCGGCGGCGGCGGCGGCGGCGGCGGCGGCGGCGGCGGCGGCGGCGGCGGCGGCGGCGGCGGUCCCACCCAUGCCCUGUCCGCACUGAUCACGGACUAUGGCACACCGAUGGUGGCGCUGUCGCUGCUCGGCCUAAUCAUGGCCUACUUCUACCUGUGCGACCGCACAAACUUCUUCAUGAAGGAGAACAAAUACUACUCGGAGUUCAGCUUCUGGAUACCCGUGGGCUACGUGUUUGCACUGGGUCUGUUCUUCACGGAGGACUCGCGCUUCACCAAGGUCCUCAACAGAGACCAAACAGACGAGCUGCGCGGCUGGAUAUUGCUGGUGGUGCUGAUCUACUACAUGACGGGCGCGCAGCGUGUGCUGCCCAUUCACAUGCACAUCAAGCUGCUCAUCUCGGGCUACUUCUUCCUCACCGGCUACACGCACUUCACACACCUCUGGCAGACGGGGGGCAGUGGCUCGCUGUUUGUCCGCUUCUUCCAGGCCAUGUUCCGUGUGAACUUCCUCAGCGUGCUGCUCUGCUUCUGCAUGAACCGUCCGUAUCAGUUCUACUACUUUGUGCCGCUCCUCUCCUUCUGGCUGUGCAUCGUGUACUUUGUGCUGUCGCUGCCGCCGAGGAUAUCGUCCGCGUCGGUGGACUCCAAUCCGCUGCACUAUCUCUAUCUGGUGUGCAAAUGCAUCGGCUGCCUGGGCGUCAUCACGGUGCUGUUCAUGUCCGAAGUCUUCUUCGAGCGCAUCUUUGUGACGCGUCCGUGGAAGGCGCUGUUCGUCACCACCGACGACGAUCUGCACGAGUGGUGGCACCAGUGGAAGCUGGACCGGUACACGGUCACCUUUGGCAUGAUGUACGCCGCCUGUUUCCACAUUGCCCAGAAAUACAAUGUCUUCGAUGACAACAACCAUGGCAAUAUGUUUGCGCGUCGCACCUCCAUCUCGGUGACGCUGCUGGCCCUCCUGGGUGUCGGCAUCUACACGUCCUUCUCGUUCCUGUGCCGCAAUGUGCAGAACUGCGAGGAGAUCCACUCGUACAUCCUCUUCAUACCCAUUGUCGGGUAUGUGGUGCUGCGCAACAUUUCGGGCAUACUGCGCACCCGAUACUCCAGCUUCUUUGCCUGGUUCGGGCGCAUCUCGCUGGAGCUGUUUGUCUGCCAGUAUCACAUCUGGCUAGCCGCCGACCGCCACGGAGUGCUCGUGCUGCUGCCGGGCUUCCCCACGCUCAACAUGAUCAUCACCUCGUUCAUCUUUGUCUGCGUCUCGCAUGAGGUGCACCGCCUGACGCAUAUCCUGCUGCCCUACGCCGUGCCCAAUGACUGGCGUCUCGUAAUGCGCAAUUUUGUCAUCUUUCUCAUUGUGCUGAUCCCUGUGGCCCGGUCCGAUGGCAUGUUCUGAGCACAAUUUAAUUGUCGCCAGCUCAUGUCCCACACACAAUCUGGGGGGAUACGGAGUAUGUUUGUAGAGCGUGCCAUUGCUGUAAGCCAAUUGUAGGUUAAACUUCAACUUUAUCCUUCGUGCAAUAUCCUUCACGACACUUGAUUAUUUACUUCUUGCUCUCUUUUCCACUUUUCUACUUUUCUUUCUAUUGAUUAGCUUUUUUUACUCAAUUUGCUCAAAGACUGAUCUUAAUUCAAUUCAAAAUUAAACUGCAAAAUGAUUUGCUAGCUAAAUUCAAACUGUUCAAUCGCUGGAAACUGAACGUGCAAUUGUCUUAUAGUUGUGAAACGCAAUAUUUACAUGCAUAUAAAUUAUAUAAAUAUUUAGAUAACGUGCAAAAAGGUAUACAAAACAUUUACACACAUUUAUUGAUAUAUUUUAUGCAUAUGUAUACCAUCUAGAAUUAACUUAGCCUUAUGUACAAUUUGCACAAAUUACUUAACAUUUCACCACUCAGACAAACACACACACACACACACACACACACACACACACGAAGCGGCAACCAAAUGUUUGUAUAGCGCCAGAAAAUAAAGCAUUGAAAAUACAA